AACUUUUGCCGCACGAUUAUUUAAGAACCCGUGUCUGUACGAUCUAAAAUCAGUAUUCACACUGUCCGUGCAAACGGGGACAAACAAGCACAGACACGUACCAGCACAGACAAAAUAUUUCACGUAAGAAUAUCGUCGUAUUGGUACGGGGCGUGUCUGUUGUCUGUGUCGUCGUCGUCUGUGCAGCUACGUUACGUUAAAUAUGGAGCUUCUGUUAUUAGAUAACGUUGCGAGGAAUAAAUGUCAUGUCUGCUACGCUACGCGUCUGACACGUUCAAUGUCUGUAAAUGUAAACCAGAAAUGGCCAAGUUCCUUUCGGGCUUCCCUCUCACCCGUCUCCCCUCAUGGAUUAUAUUCUGCGUACGUCAAGCUUGUUGGCAAUUGUCGAUAAGUACUAUUUCUUAAAAAACAGCCACGUGACGAUCAACAUGAUUCAUAGAAAUGUAAAAGCUUAAUGACGUUAGAAGAAACAGAAUACGCGAUAGGACCGACCAGGUGUAUACUGCAACUGUUCGUAUAAUUUAGGAACUACUGACCCCAGUAGAAAUGGAGAUUGACUGGUUGCAUGUUACAACGAAAGGUGUUGCAGAGUAAUCUAUUUCCCAUCGGUGUAGUAAAAUUAGAACGCAACCUUCCGAUCAAUCGCGUACAUUUUAAAUGUAUUUCAUUGUGAAUCGAAACUCUUACUUUCUUCGAUCAAACAUACUGUUAUUGAUCCCACAUAGAUAUUAGGUAUAAAUAUUGAUGAAAAUAAGAUGAAACAUACAUCAACUCUCGAAAGAGUUCAACUUAUAACUUGUAUAAAAUUAGAUGAAAGUUUAACACGCCUGCGCCACAUCGAUCCGCAGCUGGAGGGUUUCUCUCUUCCGGCUGUAACGACACCGCAGAAACCUAAGUUCAAUGAAUUGAGCUUGUUUGUAAUAUGGAAAAGCGUUUUCUUGGCUACGAUCAUCGGUGCGGAUUGAAGAAAGGUACCUUGUAUAGACAAGAGAAGGAUGCGUUGUUCUGGUCGAAAGUUGCUGAUCUGGUCGAGCCUAACAUUCCUUCUGAUUUUCGUUGGCCGUCUAUUGGUCAAUCGCGUAUUUUACUUACCUAUUUUGAUGAUCGGUAACGACGAAAUUUUAAUAUCGAACAGUCAUCCGAAUUCUGAACGCGAUACACGGUAUGGAAGACCGACGUUCGUAGCAGGGACAUAUAUGGCGGGUCAACGACCUAGGAACGAUAGUUAUUGUAGAUGGUACCACGGUCUACCACGUGUUCUUUCGUAUCCGGGAUUCGCAGUCAUCCGGAGGCCGGAAAUCGGUGAGAAGAGCCCCUACAGAAUCCUACCAUUUGUAUUACGCGGAACCGAGGAGAGAAAGAAAUUGCCCGAGGUGACCCUUUGUACUCACGCCACCGCUGAUCAGGUUUAUGGAAUCGUCGAGUUGGCCAGGAGAUGGGAGGGACCAUUAAGUUUGGCAAUUUUCACACCUGGUCUCGACGCUGGUAUCGCCAUUACUCUCCUAGAUCGGGCCUGUCGAUGUGAACCCGAAAUGUACAAGGUCUCCAUUCAUUUGGUAUUUCCGGCGGACAGUCCACCUCUUUUGAGAGAAACUGCUCGAAAUCACGGUGAUUGUGCCGCGUCUGAUCUCCAGAAAGGCGAAAGAGAAACGGAAAGAAACCAAAAACGCAUGACCUAUCCCAUUAAUGUGGCCAGAAAUGUGGCUAGAAUACAAGCAAAUACUACUCGUGUUCUAGUAUCAGAUAUUGAAUUGCUUCCUAGUGAGAAAUUAGCUUCUGGUUUCAUGAAACUCGUCCGUAGAAGAGUACCAAAAACUGGCAUCGUUUUUGUAGUACCUGUUUUUGAGAUAGAAUCUAAUCAGAAGCCACCUUCAACAAAAAAGGAAUUGCUUUUAGCAAUAGAAGCUGGUAGAGCAGUAUAUUUUCAUAGGUUUCUUUGUUCACAUUGCCAAAAGUUUCCUGGUCUCACCAGGUGGUUACUCAGACCUGACCCAGGCAAAGUUAGACCACUUAUCGUUACAAAAAGAGAAUAUCCGCAUAAUAGAUGGGAACCUGUUUUUAUUGGAACACGUAAUGAUCCACUUUACAUGGAAGAAAUGUCUUGGGAAGGCAGACAAGAUAAAAUGACUCAGAUGUUUGAGAUGUGUCUUCUAAACUAUCGAUUAGUUAUACUUGAUGGUGCCUUUUUAGUCCAUACACCAGGUAUUAAACGAAAAACAAAAAGAAUUAAUAUGGCAAAACGAGAAUUUUUGAGAGUUCAAGAAAGAAAAAAUGCUGCAAUAUAUCAACGAGUAAUUAAAAACUUGUUAAAACAAUAUUCUAUUAAUCAUAAGUGUUCGUAAUAUUUAUUACCUAUAAAAGGCAGUACCUAAACAACUGUCUUUAAUAUAUAAUAAAAGAAAUAUAAUAAUUGAACUAUAAUAUUAUGAUUGGCAUUUUGUAUGUAUUUAUGUAUGUGUGUAUGUGCAUCAUAUUUAAUAUUUCACUUUAAUUUAGUAUAAAGAUCUUAAAUAUACCUCAAU